UUUUUCUGCUGCUGCUGUUGCUUUUGCUGCUGGGGAAGGAAGAGCCUCAACGGGUCUUCUGCUGCUGCUGCCCCUCCUCCUCCUCUUUCCCCUUUCCUGUAGGCCACUGGCUGGAAGCCACCGGUCCGGGCCAGCCGAGAAGAUUUAAAGCUGCCGGCCAUGGCGCUAAGGCUGCAACCGCCUCCUCCUCUUCCUCAACAGCAGCACGAACAGCUCGCACGACGGCCGACUUAGCCCAGUUUUGCAGCAGUGCAUGCCACUGCCAGUGCAGGAGGUUGCAUGAGCCUCCGGGCGCAGCGCAGGCAGAACAGCGGGGCCGGUGGGAACCAGAGGCGCUGUGCACGCCGCCGCCCCCUCCUCCUCCUCCCCCAGCGGUGGUGCUGGUUCUCCAACCCGUGUAUGGCUUCACACCACACCAGCCGCUGGUAACUCCCGCCGCUGCUGCUGCUGCUCCUGCCACCGCCACCGUCUUAGUCCCCGUCUGGCUUCUCCUCCCCGCCCCGCCUCCUCCGCUCCUCUUCUUCUACUACUACCCCGCCUGGGUCCAGCCUCUCUCGACUGCCUGCCCGGUCCCGGCGGCGGACAACAUGGGGAACGUGACCUCUUGCUGCGUCUCGUCCAGCCCCAAACUGCGGAGGAAUGCCCACUCGCGGCUGGAGUCCUACCGGCCCGACACCGAGCUGAGCCGCGACGACACGGGUUGCAACCUGCAGCAUAUCAGCGAUCGGGAGAAUAUCGACGAUCUAAACAUGGAAUUCAACCCCUCAGACCAUCCACGAGCCAGCACAAUAUUCCUCAGUAAAUCUCAAACUGAUGUGAGAGAAAAACGGAAGAGUCUCUACAUAAACCAUCAUCCUCCUGGUCAACUGAGAAGGAAAUACAGUUCCUGUUCUACUAUUUUCCUGGAUGACAGUACAGUCAGUCAGCCCAACCUCAAGUAUACAAUUAAAAGCGUAGCUCUUGCAGUAUACUACCAUAUCAAAAAUAGGGAUGUAGAUGGAACAAUGCUCCUAGAUAUUUUUGAUGAAAAUCUCCACCCCCUUUCGAAAUCCGAAGUGCCAUCAGAUUAUGACAAACAUCAACCUGAACAAAAACAGAUUUAUCGCUUUGUUCGGACGUUAUUCAGUGCUGCUCAGCUAACUGCUGAAUGUGCUAUUGUCACCCUGGUAUAUCUUGAAAGAUUGUUAACUUAUGCAGAGAUAGAUAUUUGUCCAUCAAACUGGAAAAGAAUUGUGCUUGGUGCAAUUCUACUUGCAUCCAAAGUUUGGGAUGACCAAGCUGUGUGGAAUGUGGACUAUUGUCAGAUCCUGAAAGAUAUCACAGUUGAAGACAUGAAUGAAUUGGAACGCCAAUUUCUUGAGUUGCUGCAGUUCAACAUCAAUGUUCCCUCAAGUGUUUAUGCUAAGUAUUAUUUUGACUUGCGCUCCUUAGCAGAAGCAAACAAUCUGAGUUUUCCUCUAGAACCUCUCAGCAGGGAAAGAGCAUAUAAACUUGAGGCUAUUUCACGCUUGUGUGAAGAUAAAUAUAAGGAUUUCAGGAAAUCUGCAAAGAAACGGUCAGUCAGUUCAGACAAUCUGUCUGUAGUUCGAUGGUCUCCUGCAGUUAUCUCCUAACGGUGAAAUCUGAGAUACAAGACUCUAGAAGUACUGUUUCUAUCAUCAACUUUGGAUGGGAGGGUUGGUUUUGGUGAAUUUUUUCUCUGGUUAUUUUUUUCCCCUUAUUUUUAGAUCUGCCUUUACAGUGCCUCCCCUUUUGUGUAGCACACAAGAAUAACUAUAGGGAUUCAUUACAAAGAACUUUGAAAGAAGAUUUGUUUUGUUGUUUAUUACAACUCCUCUGCUUUUUGAUGGGGAGAAAGCAAAUAUUUAAAAAUAUUUGUGCAAAAUAUCCCACUUAGCGAGGAUGAAACCUCAGAAACCAAUACAAGAUCAUUAAAGAGGAGGAGGAAGAAUAAAAGGCCCUUAACAGAAAUAAUGGCAUGAAAACCAAUGUCUCAAAAGAAGGUUGCGAGAACCAUAAUAAGAAAAAAGUUGGACUUGUUUUGAGAUCCUCUUCAAUAUCUUCUAGUGGUUUCACAUUCUUUUUUUUUUUUGCUUUUUGAUUGAGUUUGCUUUCUCUUCUGUAACAACCAUGGAGAAGGCAGUGCCUGUAGUAGCACAACAUGAACCUCUUAUUAGAGAGCCUUUUCCUUUUGCCCCUACACUUUGAUGUGCUUUUGUUCAUAAGCUGUUUUAUUAGCCUUUUGCCUCUUAAUGCUUAUGGAUAUUGUUGUUUCUUGUGUGCUUUUACUGUAUUUUUGGGGAAACCGAUUGAUUGACAGUGCUGAACCCAAAGUAUAUAAGAUCAGGUGAUUGAGCAUAAUUUUAUUUUACUCUCUCUCUCUAUUUUUUUUUUUAAUUUAUAGCAACCGGUGUCAUGAUAUUGCCCUUAAGGUGCACUUUCAGUACUGGUGCUUUGUAUUAUAUAUGUGGUUGCAUGUGCCUUCCUACCUUUUUUCAGAUGGGUUUAUUUUUUCUUACUGUAAAGACAGAGUUGCUAAAAGGAUUCAGGUGACAAGUGAAACUUGGGCCAACGUGCAGACAUUGCUUUAGAUAUAAUAGUUCUUUUGCAAGAUUUUUUUAAAAAUCGUUUAGAGAUUAGGUGGAGUCAAGCGAGAGAAAUGCAAUGAAAGAAUGAGAGUAAGAAUCUUUUUUUGUAUGGCCCAAAUAGUUGAUUUUCUUCACUCCCUGGUUCAAUGUUGCAAGCAAUAGCCUCAAAAGGGUUUUAUAUCUUUACUUUAAGUGGAAACCAAUCUGUUUAUAUAUAAAAAAGAAAAAAAAUUAAAAAAAGUUCCAUGGAUUCAAGGAUCUAUGGAAGAAAAAAGAGAA